AUGGCGGAGCUGUGGGCGAUGUCUCAUCCAACCGUAGGAGUGUGUGGUAGGCUUGGAGCACUCUGGGAAAAAGUUUUGUCGAUCGGGCAAGGCGAAGUGGUUGGGAAGUCUAUCUUUAGGGCAGUUGCAUGUACGCCGCAGCAAGAAAGGAUGGCAUCUGCUGCAGUCAUAUUUCUCCGUCGACGAACCUUAGACUUGGCAAUUAUUAGCGUCGGUUCGGCAAAUGUUACGGGAACUGCUUUACCAGAGCCCCUACCUCAGGAAGUUGGUGUUGAGAUGGAGCGAUACUUUAGCUUGCUUUGGCAUGCUGCGCUGCUUGGACCAUCCGCCGAAUGCCGCACGUUCGCAAUAGAAGCGCUUGGUGGUGCAGCGGCGCUGGCCGGCGAACCUUUUCGCUGUUGUACAUACGAACGGCUGGUAGAAGUAGUACGUAUGAGGGGGUUUGGUCUGAAGAUUCCAGCGGAACAAGUCCUGAAUUGUCUUGACAUGCUAUACUUUUCGCGAGAGCGCUUUUCAGAGGCACGGGCAAAGAACAGAAUUGCUCGCGAUGGUAGCACUAGGUCCAAAUCGUGGCUUGAGUUAGUAUGGAGGCUAGCAGCAGAAUCUUCGUCUGCCGCGCAGAUAUUGUUAGGAGUGCCACCACCAACAGGGUGGCAAGCCCUGGGUCCAAGUGCCGCUGCUGAUUUGGCCAAUGCAGAAGAACGCUUCGGUGAUGUACGCGACCGCCAAGAUGAUUCAAAAUUGAAAGAUACCACUAUCGCCCUGAACAGCGCACCCGCAGGUGCGCCUCUACUCGCCAUCGAACCAGCUCAGAAUGAGCGCACCAGAAAGAUUGGGAGUGGAGGACUCGGCGAGGUCCCUCCAAGUGCCACUCAAAUCCCGUACUCCCAUCCACGAAUCGAAAGGACAAGUAGCCGUUCACGGUCGCGUUCGCGUUCGCGCUCUCGAUCACGUGAACGUCGUACAAUAGAGGACUAUGGUGAUUCUAGACGACGGUCUUCGUGGCGAGACUACGAUGAUGCGGAUCAGAAUUACGAGAGAGGGCAAAAUCGUAUAUCGGAUGAUUCUCAUACCACCAGGCGACGCAGUCGGAGCACUUCCCCAGGGUACAUACAUUCACAUCGGUCCAGAAGCAGUUUAAAACAUGACGACGCACACGUGAAUGAGGAGGCCAGUCGUCGAUCAGACUUGGGCGCCAUUCACAAUGAAGAUAUAAGUUUGUCCUCACGAAAGAGACAAGAAGAAACUGAUUAUGAAAUGGCUCUCAGACUGCAAGAACAGGAUACCAAGCCUUCCAGGGUGGUGCUUGGUGGCGGAAGUUCACACCAAGGCACAGGCGAUAGCCGUUUUAGUGGGGCUACCGAUGCUGCUGGGAGGCUGUUAUCCAAGGGGCUGCGCAGCGGAAAGAACCUUUCUGAAAAGGCGAGGAAGGCAGCUGUGAAGAGUGGAGCGAUGGAGAAGUUGGGACUUGGGAGUGGUUCAUCUAGGUGA